AGUUUACUAAGGUUUUAUAACUUCAUCCGUGUCACUUAUAUAGCGUUAAGUUAAAACUAACCAAUACGAGUGCAGAUGCGACCUCGGUCUUCCAGGUAUUCAGAAGAUAACUCCAACUCUAGCCUCGGAACUACAUACUCUUGACUGCCCCGGCAAGACACCAUCGCAAAAAGUCUUCAACGUCCAAACACUGCAUCAAACAGCAACGCAGCUAUGCCAUCAUCUACGCAAUCGCACGCGCGUUCGCACUCGCUGCUUCUCCUGCAGAAACUCCUUAACCUGCGGGACAGCGCCAGCCCUCUAACGCUAGUCCUCGACACGCUGGAGCAGAGCGCAGCGCCUGUAGUUCACGAGUUCCUCAGCAGAGCCAAGAUCUCCAAAAGCAAAACAAUCUUCCUAUCCUCCUCGCUACUCCGGAAACCCUCCUUCGCCGACAUCUUCAUCAAAGCCUGGGGCAAGACCCCCGAGGCCCUGCGCGCCGAGAUAACCUCGCACUACUCGUCCGGCAGCGCCGGCCACGCGCACAAGGUGCUCGUCGUAAUCGACGGUCUGAACGGGAUCGCCAGCGCUGCGGGUUCUACCCUGUCCAUGUUCCUCUCCGGCCUGGUUACGCCCGCCGUCUCUAUCGUGGCCGUGUACCACACCGACGUGCCGCUGGUGCUGCCCCCGUCCUUCAGCGAGUACGAGCCCCAUCCGUUUACGACGCUGUGCCAUCUCGCGACCGCUGUGCUCCGCGUCGGCAGUCUGUAUCAGGCGGUGGAGCGCCGGCGCGCGCGGAACCGCAGCUUGCAGGAGCCUGAGUGGGGGCUUGCCGAGGGCCGGGAGGGCGUGCUAAUCGGGCUGGGUAGUGCCGAGAAGAGGUCUGCGGCUGGCGAGGGGCUUGUGCUCGAGAUGGAGUUGAGGCGGCGCAGUGGCCGCGCCGUUGCUGAGACGUUUGUCCUAGUGUCACAGUCGGCAGCAGCGCAGGAUAGCAAGGCCCAGACUUCAAGACUAUAUCUUCUCUCCGACCACCCCGCAUUUCGGGAUCCGAGCGAUACUGACCAGGAGGGUGCGGCGGACGAAGGAGACGGGGAGAUGGAGACUACGUUUAACCUAGGGUUGACAGAGAAGCAGCGUAGAGAUAGAGAGGGCAUAGUCCUGCCGUACUUCGACGCCCAGACGGACAUCGGGGCGGGCGAAGGGGGACGGAUUAUAUACGAGAUGGGGCGGGAAGAUGACUUUGACGACGAGGAAGAUGAAAUAUGACAUCACUUUU